CAUAAUGCAACUCCUGGCAUGUAUUAUUGUCUCUAUGGUUGGCAAGGUUACCUGUGACAACAUCACAACCAUGGGAACAGGUAAAACAAUGGGGCAACAUUUGAGUACUGCAAUCUCCCUGCUUGAAGCUACAAGUCAACAACAAGAUGAUUCCAUGAUUAAUGCCACUAAGGUGAACCUCAAUGUGACAGCCAGUAAUGAAAACAAAAUUGAGGAAAUCGAUUGGCGAGAUAUGCCGGAUACACAGACUGCAAAACUAGUUUGGAAAAUAGGUUCUCCAACAAUUAUUUGCAUUGGACUGAUUGGAAACAUUCUGACAAUAACCGUCCUCUGUGCAACAAGAAUGCGUAAAACGACAUCAUCAUUGUAUCUUACAAUACUAGCCAUCAGUGAUUGUAUGGUGUUGAUUUGUGGUCUAGGUCGUCGUUGGGUGUCAUACCAGUGGGGUAAAGAUAUUCGUAAUCAGCAUGAAUUGGCGUGUAAGAUUCACAUGUUUCUCACAUACACAUUCAUAGAUUUCUCAGCAUGGUUGUUGGCAGCAGUGACUGUUGAUCGAGUUAUCACGGUGUAUAUGCCACUUCACGCACGGCGCAUCAGUACAAAGAAGAACGCAGCAAUAGCAAUUAUUGUUACAUUUGUCGUUCUCAUGGGGAUUAAUGCACAAAUUCUGUUCACACAUGGCAACAGAACGAUUCCAUGGAACGGUGGCUUUUACACAUAUCCCUGCACUUAUAACGAUGGCAAUGUUUUCUUCCAUAACAUUGUCUGGAAGUGGAUUGAUGGAGCCGUUUCAUCUUAUCUGCCAUUCUUCAUUUUGAUCAUCAGCAAUAUCGUGAUUGCAAUCCAACUACUUCGAUCAGCUGAGAUGCGUAAGAAAACAAUGAAUGUGUCUAAACAGUCUGGUGAUAGCACAGCCUCUUUGUCCAUCAUGUUGAUAACUAUCAGUAUGGUAUUUCUGGUACUCACUGGUCCAGUUGUGGUCUACCUCAUUACAUGGGACCAAUGGCAUGAAGAUAAAUCACAUGCUAAUAUAUCCAAGUUGCGGCUUGUCUGGGCAUGCCUCAACAUGCUCCUUUACAGCAACUACUGCGUUAACUUUUUUAUGUAUUGUUUGAGCGGGAAGAGAUUCAGAAGUGAGAUGAUGAUUCUGUUUCGUUGUACAUCUCGUAAAAGGAAUGGGCACUUGCGUAACAGUACCAUGGCAACUGGUAGCACAAUGGCCUCUGUCAACAAUGUUUCCAUGACGACAGCAUCUGAGGCAUCACUAAACAACAAACUGUAAUAUUGACGAAUACCAGAUACUCUCAAAAGAAAUGAAUGUCACAACACCACUUUACUGUGUAUAUAAUUCAAAUAGUUUACCCUACAAUGAAUGGAUGGCAUAGACCAGGAGCUUUGAACUUGUGACAUCAUUAUGUACAUAAAUAAAUAAGUAAUCAUUUUCAAAUUCUGGCCCUUCACAUGACAACUGAUUCUAUGAGGAAACAAGGACCGGACAAGCAGCAUGGUUCUUUAAAAUAAUUGAAAUAAACAGUUUUAGUUUCAAUACAAUUACUUUUGGGGCACCCUGUAUCCAGUUAACAAGGAAGAAAUUGAAAUGAAGAAGUGUUGCUUGAAAAAUAUCAAUAUCAUUCAUUCCUAAUAAUAAGACAAGAACAUUGAAAGGCAAUAUCCUUUGACUAUGAAUAAGUGCUAUUUGAUUCCAUGAUAAGUCAAUAAUGAAUUAACUCUGC